CAACCGGGAAGUACGGUAAAUUUCAGAAAAAAAAAAUCUAGAAAUGACUCGAAACUGGAAAUUAGAAAGGUCCCUCAAAUACCCUAAUUUCACAAUUUUGACCUCCUUCCCCUUUCCUUCCUCUAUCCAAAUUCCCCAUCUCUCAUCAAAUUCUAUCUACAAACGUAGAACUUUCCGGUUCCCCUUCCGAUUCCCUACUGCCCAGUUCUGCAAAGGUCCAGAUUUUCAUCGUAAGUGGGCUCUUGGGCAGUAUCCCCAGUUCACAUUCGUUGUUUAGAAUUUCACUGGGGAAGAUGAUGGCAUUAGUUUCGACUCAUCAGUUAAAGAACCCACUUUCUCUUUGUUCGCCUCGAGUUCAGUAUUUACGCGCUGUUGAUUAUCACCAUUUGUUGCCGAGAUAUAAGUUAAUCAACCCGUUUUCUCGUUGCCCGUUUAGUAAAGUUUCGACCUUUUUGCCUUAUGCUGUGCAAAAUUCAAGAACCCAUGUGUCUCCCUUACACUCCUCCUUCAGCCAGUUGAUAGAGACAUUAAUAAGCGGGGUGGAUUUGUCUGAAGAUGAAGCUGAGGCCUCUCUUGAUUUCUUGUUGGACGGUGCUGAUGAGGCUUUGAUUAGCGCGUUUUUGGUGCUUUUGAGAGCUAAAGGAGAAACUUAUGAAGAAGUAGUUGGGCUAGCAAGAGCUAUGGUAAAACACUGCAAGAAAGUGGAAAGACUUGUUGAUGCAGUGGACAUUGUUGGGACUGGCGGUGAUGGAGCAAAUACUGUGAAUAUCUCUACCGGGGCCUCAGUUCUUGCUGCAGCUUGUGGAGCCAAAGUUGCUAAGAAGCUGAGGAUUGCUGGCUUGAAAUCAGCAAUUGCAUUGCAGCAAGGUAAUCGGUCUAGUUCAUCUGCUUGUGGUAGUGCCGAUGUACUUGAAGCAUUGGGAGUUGAAAUUUGUUUGGAACCUGAGGGGGUUGCUAGGUGUGUUAAUGAAGUAGGGAUCGGCUUUAUGAUGGCUCCAAUUUAUCACCCGGCAAUGCAAAUUGUUAGACCUAUCAGGAAAAAGCUCAAAGUGAAGACUGUGUUCAAUAUCUUAGGCCCUAUGUUGAAUCCUGCAAGAGUCUCGUAUGCUGUUGUUGGUGUGUACAAGGAAGAAUUGGUGCAUAAAAUGGCAAAAGCACUUCAAAGAUUUGGCAUGAAAAGAGCACUGAUUGUUCACUCAGAGGGACUGGACGAAAUGAGUCCACUCGGGCCCGGAUUAGUCCUUGAUGUCACACCAGAUAAGAUAGAGAAGUUCGCAUUUGAUCCAUUGGAUUUCGGUAUUCCCCGAUGCACUCUGGACGAUUUACGAGGCGGAGACCCUGAUUACAAUGCUGAAGUUCUUAAACGCGUACUAUCAGGAGAAAAGGGCCCUAUAGCCGAUGCCUUGGUGUUAAAUGCAGCUUCAGCUCUCUUGGUAAGCGGGCAAGUCGAAUCUCUUGCCCAGGGAGUAAAUCUUGCUCGGGACACACAACAGUCAGGAAAAGCUUUUGAGACGCUCAAUCUUUGGAUUAUUGAAUCGAAUAAAGCGAAAGAGGCGGCUAACCAUAGUGGCACUCCCAUUCUUACAUGAAAGCCAAUAGUACGAGUUUGAGCUUAAACACUGACAUUUUCAUCCCUAAAGACGAUAAAAAAAAACAUUACCAUUUACUGAGUCUGUAACUUUCGGGUGCGGCAUUCUUUUACUUGUUUUCGUUUUGUUUUUUUUUCAUUUGGAUUGUCGUUUAUUUAGACAUCGAACUGUAGUUUUGUGACUUUUCAGCCCACUUACGGCCUCUUCUUUUGUAG